UCAUCGUUCUCGCUAAAAUUUGUGCGACAUAUAACACAAGAAUUUACCUGAUGUGCUCUCAGAAAAUAUCGGCGAGAAUCGUCUGACCAGCGUUUUCAAAAAGUACCUACGCCAAAGCAACUAUAGCAUUGGUGGAACAGAACUCUACACUAACCGUAAUGAUGUCAAAUUAUUGGCUAUUAAAGAUUUCAAUGAAUGUGAUGAUAUACAGUUUCAUGACUGUUCGCCAAACGCACGUUGUUUCAAUUUACAAGGCACUUACACUUGCUGCUGCGAAGAGGGAUAUGCAGACUUGUCAUGCAAUACUAUAUAUCCAGGUCGCAUCUGCUCGUCAGAAUUAUUAGGCUGCGAGCAGUGCCAUCAUCACGGCAAAUGUACCACACAGCAAACCGACCACGGAGAUUACACGGUUUGCGAAUGUUUUGCUUGGUAUACUGGAUAUACCUGUAAACUGAAUUUGAAGAUACUACUCAUUGGUUUGAUGGCGAUUGGUACACUGCUCUUCACACUUUUGUUGUUUUGUGUCUUACUAAUGUAUACCAAAAGACACCAUACUAUACGCAAGAAACCUCGCCCACUAUCACAGUGUAGUACGGGUAUCCAUCGUAUAAUUAUAGCGAAAAAUUCAGCGCUUGCUGGAAUCGGCGUUAAUAAGGGUAACAGUACACAUGGCAUAACCCGAGAUAGAAGCAAAUGGAUAAAUCACGAUAAAUGCUCUAUAAUUAAUUACACCAGCAGUGAAAGUAGUAAAAAUACCUUGCCUCACAUUUUAAAGGAGACAAUGCCUGGUUCGAAGAAAUCGUGUCACCCAUCUCGAGAUUACCUCAAUGAACAUCCACCGCAGGCAGAAGGUAAUAUCGUAGAUACCACUGGUACCGAAAAGCAUUCAUUGAUCGUACAAAACUCAUUUACGCAUUUGGAACGCAGUUAUCCAGAGCAAGGCGAUCAAUCUCUAACAGUAAUGAUUCCGCGCGCCAAGUAUCAUGCCUCCGUGCUACCACAGAUGCAGUUAUUUCACCAACAAGUGGCUAACGAGCGCUCUAAAAAAAAGCGUGAUUACCCGCAUUAUAAUAAAUCUGACGAUACGACACUGAUGUCAAUACGACAGGACAACAUUUGUAACAUUAUGCAACAUCCGAUUAAUGUUUUAUCAAGAAUAACUUCAAAAAAACUGGAUAUCAACAGAACUAAUCAACCAAAAGCAACGCCAACCUUUGGUAUAUUAUGCAAUGAUGACUGCGAAGUAGCAAACAUGCAUAUGCGCCAGUUAGGUGCAUUGGUGUCAGCUGGUUUCGAAGUGUCGGCCAUAGUUGGGGAGAAUAUAUUAAACAAAAGCAGCAGUACAACGAGUGCGCAGUGUAGCACCAUCAUGAGCUUGGACGACAACUCUAUUGACGCAGUUGGUUUCAAAUCAUUCGAUUCCCAGCCGAAAAAUAACGAAACAAACGUGGCCGCACAGACCAAAUUGACGCUGAGCGAAAAGCCAAGACACCAGUAUCAGCAAAUAACACAAUCAAAAUUAGGUUUCGACAAUGAGGGUGAACAUCACUCAAUUCAAAAUGAUGUAGUGAUCUACCAAGGGGAUAAUAGGUUCAAUUGAAUAUUUAAGAAGAAUUGCGUCAUGAAGAAGAACUCUAUAUAGACAUAUACAAGAAUCAGGUAUGUUCUACAUAUCUGUUGCAUCUGAUUUAAAAAUUUGUUUCCAAUUUUAUUUAUUCACUUUUUUUUGUCAACGAAAGAUAAAUAAUUAGAUUACCGUUAAAAUUAAUAUUAAUUAAGUUAGAAGAGAAUAUUCUCAAUCCAUCGCUUAUUAAAUAUAUUUGUUGUGUAUAGCAACACACAACUUUAUAAAAAGUGCUCUUAUUUGGAUAAAUUUUCAUUUUAUUUGAAAGUAUAUAACUAAAAUCGGACCCAUCGAUUGAUGGGAAACUAUUUUUAGCCAGAGAGGUAGAAAAAUGAAGAUAAAACAUUGAUUCCAAAGAAUCCGUUAUAUAUUAUAUCGUUACUGAUUUCAAUUAUUUUUAAUAAUUAUAAGAAGAUAACAAAAUUCGGUUUUCUUGAAAGCCAAUGCAGCUUUAUUAGCAAGUUCCGAAGCCUUACCAGUGAUAUAACAGCUGUACGGAAAGUAUAAGGUAGAGUGCUGAAAUCAAGCAUUUUCGGUAAAAAUAACUACAUUUAUUACUCUAAAUCAAUCAAAACGAGGGUCAACCAAAGCAGUACACGUGUAAGUUCAGCAAACCGCUUGCUGUAAACAAUUAAAACAAUUUAAAUGUACUUGAUUAUAAGCUGUUUCAAUAUGUACCUACCAGUUGAGCUUCAUAUACCAGUAACUUCUUAAAUUUUAUAGAUACAAUCUCUUUAUGCCAUCAAUUUUUUUUUCUUGAAUAGUUUGGUCGAAGCUUUUUCACAAUAUGAAAUAAAAGCUU